AUAACGUGAUGAGGUGAUGAGAAUGAUUCAAUGACGAAUGACCAGAAUCGUCGAGGGAAGCAUUUGAAUAAUGGCAGUAGGAGUAGUAGCAGCAGUUCAGAGCUGAUGGCGAUAGUGGUUGAGAAAAUUGACCCUGUAACAGUGGUGGCACAGCGACCAUCUCCAUCGUAUGAGCACGACUGCAAACUACGAAACUUGACCAACAACAACAAUAACAACGACAACAACCAUCAUCAUUAUUGUGUGAUAGAUGCCACUGCUGCUGCUGCUGCUGUUGGCACUACAAUGCGCGAUGAAGGACCUUAUCGCGGGGAUGCAGCAGCAACAACAACAGCAAUGUGCAACGGCGGCAGCUGCGGCCACCACCACUACUAGAGUGGCAAUACUACAUAAUGAUACUAGCAAUGGAGUGGAGAACAUCCCUUUGAACAACAAUGACGAAGACGGCGAAGACGACGACGACGACAACAGAUAAUAUAAUCUUGCUGCAUACACCAACCAAGGUACGCCAAAUGAGAAUUGUGAAUCUCAACGAACUGAACCUACACUACUGGUAGUAGGGAUUCACCUACAAGAAGGGGGAAAAGCGUCAAUUUUCUCACCAUACAGGGGAAAACAUAGAAAACAAGAUGAUUUACUACUUUCGUGGUCUCGCCAGAAAUCAUCAAGGAGUGGGAUAGUCACCAUAUUGUCCAUCGCUACAACUGAUAAUAUAAUGGGAUUCAAGAAUAUGAAAACGAUCUUAGCACUACUGAAAUCAUCACGUAUUCAUCAAUCACCACAGCAGCAGCAGUUCUAAGUCGUUGAAACAUCAGAACAACAGAGUCACAGAAAAAAGUUCACCGCAGCCUUUUAGUAAGGAAGCGAUUCAGGUUUCUCCUCAGAAAAUCGAAAUCCAC